AUGACCACUACAGCAAGCAGGACAUACCACUUACGCUCGGACGGGAUUUUCCAUGGAUUGCCUGUUUUACCUGCCUCCUCGAAGAACCUGCGAGCCAUGGUCGUUGGCGCGAGCGGCCAAUCCGGCCAGCCCGUAGUUGAUGUGCUGAGUGUAAACCCGGAUCGAUGGGAGAAGGUCUACGCAUUGUCAAGGAGGCCGCCAACAUCAAUUGCGAAAAGCGUCGAGCAUGUAGCAGUAGAUCUUCUAUGGGAGCCUGAGAAGAUCGCAAGCCUUCUACAAGAACACAAAGUCCAAGCGGAUUACAUUUUCUACUUUGGCUAUGUACAGGUUGCGAGGCCAGAUACUGACUCUGAGGUGUUCGGGGAUGCCGCCCAUUUGGCCGAAACCAACGGGCGCCUCUUCGAGAAUUUCCUCAUCGCCUUGGACCAAGCAAAUGUUCGACCUAAACGGAUCGUACUGCAAACCGGAGGCAAGAAUUACGGGGUUCAUCAAGGCCACGUCAAUGUGCCCCUAACUGAGGGCGUACCGAGGGUGAAACUAGAACCAAACUUUUACUACACUCAAGAAGAUUUACUGGCGAAGUACAUUACAACACACCCUCGGGCGAGCUACAAUGUCACCAUGCCGCAGUGGAUCUUGGCGGCAGUCGCAGGCACAGACAUGACCAUCUUCUACCCGCUGGCAGUCUAUGCUUCCAUUCAGCGAAAGCUAAAGCAUCCCCUCGAAUAUCCUGGCGAUCUAACAUCUUGGGACAAUAAUCAUCCCAUAUCUAGUGGACCUAUUCUCGGUACAUUUUACGAGUGGCUGGUCUUGACUGAAGGCACCGCUGGGGAGUCAUUCAACAUAACGGACGGAUCGGAAUUCACUUUUGGCAAGCUUUGGCCAAUCCUGGCAUCGUGGUUUGGGUUGGAAUGGCACCCUCCGCAAGAGAAAGCCAGCUACCGCGAGGUAGAGCUUCCAUUUGUGCCACGAGGAUACGGACCAAAAGGCAAACUUCGGUCAACUUUCAGUUUCAUUGAAUGGGCAAAGGAGCCGGCGACUCGACAAGCGUGGGAGGAGUUGAAAAAAGAACACCGACUGACCACCAACCCAUUGCGGGACCCUAAGAGCACCUUCGCUUUCCUGCAAUUCGCACUCGAGCUCACAUGGUCCUGGCAAACCAGCAUGAACAAAGCUCGUAAAUUUGGUUGGCAUGGGUAUGUUGACUCUAUCGAGUCUAUGCGCGCAGUGUUCGAGAAGUUUGCAGAGAUGAAAAUGAUCCCUCCUUUCUGA